ACAUAUCUUUGAUGAUCGGAAGCACUUCAAUUAAGAGUUGGUGCGGAAAAGGGUCACGAUGACAUCACGAAAACAUGAUGUCUCAUAGGUCUUAGUCUGAACUUUGAGGAACUAUGGGAUAUUAUAUUGAGCUCCAAAAACACUACUCAGGAACUCUGGUAUUUUGGGCCCUUAAGUUGAGAGCAUUAACUAUCCCAGUUGAGAUGACUGAGUUUCGGACGACCUUCUCCGACAACUCCACAGGAAGAGCUAGCUUGGUUAACUAAACAGAAUUUUAAGUAAUUCUUUGCUAAGAUGCUCCGGAGCAAUGCUCCAAACUUGAUCUGUAGGACAACCGAUGACAUGUUUUGCUGCCUAAGAUGAAUUCUAGACAACUACGUUUUGAUGCACAUCAUCGGCGUGUGUUGCGAAGACUCUCUAGCAGACGAUGCUCCAUCGCCUCCAAGCACUAGCUCUGUAGUGAUGUACUACCUUCUCAGGAGCACUGUGGCCAUUUCCCACUGCCCUAGGAUGAAUUCAAGGAACAUCUUCUUUGCGUGAUCCUCUUUGAGCCCAACGCAACGACUUUGAAUACAGCCCUGAGCAGAGGGCAUUAAACCACCCGACUUUGAUAUCCCGAGAGUUCCGAAGGUCCUCUGUUGCGACGAUCCCCAACUGUACCCAUCUGCUCAUCACCACUCACGUGUCACGUUGUGUACGCGGUGUGACGCACGGAGUGUCACUUGCAAAGCCGGGGACAGGGGUUUGCCCCUGGAACGAUCAACGAUUUGGUUGCGGGAAGGAUCGCUCCCACGCUAAAUAAAAUGCAAACACGCUCAACAACAACCCUCCCGAAAAAAAAAACCUAAAACGGCCACAUACGGCACCACGCACGGUCGUCGUCCCAACCAAAGCAGCCUCCGCUAGCAGAGGCAACACCACCGCUAAUAUGACCAUAUUUGUUCUCUUGCGCGCCAUCGGGCGUUUGACUUCGAUCCACGCCAAACACGACGAUUUCCAUAACGGGUGAGCGCGCGCGCUAAGGCACGAACCCGAUCAGCUCGCCGCGUGAUUGUCGCCCGUUAUCGGGUUUGCCUCACACCGAGCAGCGCAGUGCAGUGCGCAGUUUCGAGGGUGGUGGACGGGUGCGUGCGUGUGCGUGCGUGUGUACUUUGCGCUUCGGGGCCAUUCUUCCGGGGUGCGUCGGCGCGUUUGUCAUCAGCUGGGCUGGGAGUUGUGGUUUAGUAAUUUGCUUUGCCCGCCAUCAUCUGAUAGGUAAACAACAAAAACACUCUGUGUGCGCGUUACGAAAACGAAUUUAAAAGGUGCAAUUGGUUAAGACGGAACGGAAGUUGUUUAGCGCGGAACAUUCGUUGUAGUUGUAGUUAUAGCCAAAGGACAAAGGUGCGCGAAAGAAAAACACGUGAACAAACACGCAGUCAGUGGCCAGUCUGUUUGCUUCGGGGUGUAGCCGAAACAGAACAAGAUCGAACCGCGCGCCCGUGUCCCAAUCAACCUGCGAUCUGUGUGGCAGAUCGCCUCAGCGAGAACCGAUCAGCUCGAGCGCGACCGGAUCGGCUCGCCUCAAUCAACCACGUCCUGGGUGACGCCGAGGCUGCGAAUCGGAACACAUCCCGCUCGUCAGGGAGGAACCGGAAAAAGACACCAGCAAAGCGACGCAAAUGGUGCAGCGAGAGACGGACACGGUAGCAGCCCGCCGCUCGAAGCGCUCCAUCGGCGGUGAAGCGGCGGACGUGGAGCCACCGAACGCCAUCGUCAGCGAGCAGCGGUACGAGGGGCUCGCCCUAGAGGGUACCGCCCCUCCACCACCUCAGCCAGUGGUGGAGGUCAAGACGGCGGUGCCGGACGAGGCCGAGGUCGAGGCAGUGAACCGUGAAGAGGAAAUCAUUAAGAAGCGAAAGACGGAGCUAACGACGACGCGCCAGAUCGAGACGCGCGUCAAGCGGCAGCUACUGUUCGAGGAUGGCAAGGUGGUGGAAGAUUCGGGCCCGAUCGUGUCGACCAACACGACCGAGGACACCGACAAACAGGAAACGGUACAAACCGAGCACCGUACCCUGGGCGAUCCGGCGGAGGUGGGCGAGGGCGAGCCGUCCGGUAACCGGCUGGCCGGUACCGGGGAGCUGAGUGGUGACCCCCACCCCCAGCAACCGGCGUCCCCGGCGGUCGAUAAUGUAGUCAGCGGCAGCAGCAGCAUCGCACCAAAGACGACCGGCGGCACCGCCAUCAGCGUAGCGCGCCCUCCCGACGGUUUGCUGCGCAACAUCAAGGAGGAGGUGGUGGUGUCCCGGGAGGAAACCAAGGAGCGGACCGAGGUGACCGAGCAGAAACAUUUCGGCGACUUUAGCGACGACGCAUACCUGCGGGCGAUCAACAGCGGCGUCGACGACAUACGGGAGCUGCUGCUGUCGGAGAAGGCGCGCACCGAGCUGCAGCAUCCGACCGGGCCCCAGCUGGUGCAGCAGUCGGUCAGCACGCGGAAGGUCAUCGACAGCGAGGACACCGACAUCCGGCAGCUCGCCAAACCGGACGGUACGCUCGUGACGGAGAAGGAGCAGACGCGCCAGCACGAGGAGCUGGUCGACGACGCGCUGCCGGAGCCGGACGGCGGCUACGACCAGGUGGACAGCGGUGAGCGCAUCAUCGACCAGAAGUCGUCCGCCCAGCGGUACUUCAAGCAGCGGGACGAGCAGCAUGUCGAUCUGAUCGGACCGGGCGGGGAAGUGAUCGGACACGAGAUGCGGUACUCAGCAGAGCAGACCCAGAUGAGCAGGGACGGUGGUGGUGGUGGUGGUGCCGGCGGGGUGGGACGUGCGGGCGAGCCGGGCGGCGGCCUGCUCGCCGACUGGGACAGCCUCUCGGACCGGUUGCGCAAGGCGCGCCGGCUCGGUCGGCAUCCAAAGGAGCUGGCACUCGGGCCGGGCGGCGUCGCCCAGCCGGCAGUCGGUAACCUGCUGCCGGGCGGGCUCCCCGUGCUGAACGACCGGCUCGACGCGCUCACCAAGAAGCCGCUCGACUUCGACAAGGAGGAGGAAACGCGCAAGGCGGAAACGAGCAAGUGGCUCGAGUCGCACUUCGGCAGCGAGUCGCGGUCGUCGCGCGACUCGCGCGAAGACCUGGACGAGCUGGUCGAGCCGACCAAGCGCACCUACUUCAACGUGACGAUCAAGUCGGGCGACGGGCCGGCCGAGCCGGACGGCCGGCGGGGCAGCACCACCGUGCGCCCGGCGGGCGAGUGGGCGGGCCGCCGGGGCUCGGGGGCUCCCGAGAGGAUCUGCUGCUGGUGGAGCGCGGUUCCAGCCACGAUGCGGGCUACCGGUCCGGGGAGCGGUACCGAUCGGGCAGCGAGGAACCGACUGGCCGGCCCGUCCAUCGCCAGCACUCCACGGUGCAGCCGCCGUCUGCCGGGGGGCCGAUGUACGUCCGCCUACCUGACCGCGCCUCGGCCGAAGGCGGCGAAUGGUGGCGGGGCGGAGCGCAACUUUCACGCCCGGUACGGGCGGUCCGUGUCGCCCGACCGGCACUCAGUGGGCCAGAUCGGGGCACCGGCCGACGGUCGGCCAACCGUGCCGCAACGGCGCAAAGUGCUAGAACGGCGCCAGGUCGCCGUCCAACAGCAGCUGCAACAGCAACAACAGCAACAGCAACAGCAGCAGUACCACGGCAAACAACCGGUCGUACAUCAUGGGUACGCACCGCGCAGUCGCUCCGUCUCCCCGAUCCAGAUACCGCCCGUGGUGACGACACUGCGCAAACCGUACCAGAAGACGCGCUUCAGCAGCAUCCAGGAUCUAAGUCACGCCGGCGGCCCACAGCAGCACCAGCAGCAGCAACGCACAGUGAGCCGGGCGCAGAGUACGCCGCCGAAGGCGAACCGCGUCGGUUCCGCCAUCGGCAACUCCAUCCGCAAGUUGAUGGGCAAGAUCCGGUCCGCCAGUGCGGAGCGCAAGCUCAAGCUCAAAAACACGAAGCAGCAGCAGCAGCAGCAGCAGCAGCAACGAUCGCAAUCGCCCUCACCGUCCGCCCAGCACAAGCGACAGUCCGGCAACGGCGGCAGCAACACCACCACCACCACCUACCAGCAGUACAACGUGAUCGACGGGCACAUUAGCAGCGGCGGCGGGUCGCCCCUGCUCGGCCACCACCAUCCGUACGGGGGCGACGAGCAGCGGUUCGCGAACGGUGGCCGAUCGCAGUCGCACCUCGCGCUUAGUCACAGGCCGACCGGUGCCGGCGCAAGACGCGAUUCGGCGCGCGAACACCGUCCCUACAUCGAGCGGCGCGGCUCCUCCGACGUACUGUCCGACAUGACGACCGGCAGCGGUGGUGGUGGUGGUGGCGGAGGGGGUCCAACGCCCCGCCAGAAGUAUUAUCUCGGCGAAAACCCGUACGGUGGCAGCAUCUUCGGCAAGGAAAACAAAUACAACCCGGCAGCGGCAGCGGCGGCGGCGGCCGCGGCGGCCGCGGCAGCGGCAGGGCGAGAUCGGCGCGAGGAACGUAUCUACAACGCCGCCCAUACACGGUCGUUCAGCCAGCCGCCGCAGACGAACCUACACACGCUGGGGCGGUUUAGCAAGAGCACCAACCGGCUGCCAACGAUGGCCGGGGGCGGUGGCCACUACGAGCACGAGCCGCCGGUCCAAUACCAUCCCGGCGGUGGUGGCGGCGGCGGCGACGGGUACGGUGGUGUGGUCAGCUCGCAGACUCUGCCCCGGAACGAGCAGCACCACCGGUUGCAGCGCUCGAAGCCGCUGCACUCGUCCACGAUCAACGUGUCGAUCGUGAACACGGUCAGCACGAACGGGGCGGGCCGGCCGCUGGCGAACACGGGCCCGGUCAAGCCGGCCCGCACCUACAAAGCGCUCAACCGCAGCAAAUCGUUCAACGUGCACGGCCUGAACGGGACGAACGAUCCGAGCCCGAUCUAUCUGGAGAAGCUGGGCGGGCGGGGCGGGCCGGCAGUCGGGGCCGCCUUCUACCGCUCCAACACGCACCUGGAGCAGCCGCCGCCGUCGUACGGGUCGGCGAAGGGCGACCAGCCGUCGCCGCCGCUCCAGCUCAAGAGCCCGUCGAUCGUGAACCUCGUCAGUCGCAGCACGCGCGACCUCACGCUGGCCGGCACGGACGGGUACCACCUGCCGCCGGGGCGGACCAGCCCGGACGGGCCGACGCUCGACAAGAAGAACGUGUUCCUGCGCAACCUGCAGAACCGGGCGCCGGAGCUGUACCGGACGCUGCACGGGGUCGAGCCGCCGACUAGCGCCGCCCCACCGUCCCGCGAGUAUCUCGGCUCGUACAUAACGCGCGAGCAGGAGCGCACGAUCGGCACCCGGUCGCCGGUGACGCUCAACAAGGACACGGCCAGCCUGGUGCGCCGGGGCAGCUCCAGCACCGACGACUACCCGCACGCGUAUCAGGCCGCCGGCGACCAGCACCACCAGCAGCCGCGCGCGAAACACUACUACAAAAAGAGCGCACCACCGCCGGCGGUGGUGGUGGGGGCUGGCCGCUACCGGGGUGAACCUGGUGGUGACCUCAAAUAUCAGGACAUGUCCGGUGGUGGUGGUGGUGGUGGCGCCGGUGGUGUCGUCAUCGAGCUGCGCACCAACUCCUAACAAAACAUUGGCCAAGAGUGUCCACGAGUGUAACACGUUUUAACUAACCAAUUUACUCACAUCCGGCCCUGCCGCGCAAGGAACACAAUACAUUUUUGAGAUUCCGUGCCACUGAGAGAGAGGGGGGAGGGGGGGGAGUAGGAGAUCGAAGGACGAUACCGGCUGAGAUUGUAAUUGCACAUUUUCCGUUUGUUUGGUAAGGCGCGGAGCGCGCGUGUGCCAAUCGAGCCUGCUGCAAUAGAGAGAGGAAAGAAACGUGUCGGACCAAUUUUUAAUUGACUAUUGUAACACAACGCAAUGUUUCUUCUUAAAUAACAACCUGCUAAAGAAUCACAAA